AGGGAGAGGAAGGCAAUGUCAGGGAAAUUGGGAAGGGCAGGCAGGACGCCAGGGACGCCACGUACUGCCAGGUUCACAACGAGGUGGGGCCAAAGGGGCGGGCCCCGCCGUGCGCCCGGCGCUGAGCUCACGGGUUGCUGCACCCGGCCCAGGAUCGCGGGCGGUGCAGACUCAGCUGGGGCGGGUGCAAGGACGAGGCGGGGCCUCUGCGCCCGGCCCUCUUCCCGGACUAUAAAGGGAGCCGCCGGCUGCUGUGCUCCACUACGCUUUUCAUCUGUCCUGCUGCGUGUUUUCCUCUUGAUCGGGAACUCUUGCUUCUCCUUGCCUCGCAAUGGACCCCAACUGCUCCUGCUCACCUGGUGGUUCCUGUGCCUGCGCCGGCUCCUGCAAAUGCAAAGAGUGCAAAUGCACCUCCUGCAAGAAGAGUGAGUGCGGGGCCUUCCUUGCGAAUCUGGGGGAUGGGCCAAGUUAGAGCAGGGAACCCAGAGCUCUGCAGGCAGGGGCAGGCCAAUGACCAGCUUCCCCAAACCCCUCCUUCAACACCUGAUUCAGAAUCAGACCUCAAGUUGCCUUAAAAAUGGGUGAGUCCCAGCCUCUUAUUACCCAACUAGAAACUGAGGCCCAGAGAGGUUACCAGAUAGUGUUGGGAACAAAGCUCUCCUGCCUCCUGAUGCAGCCUUCUUAACCCUUCUGGGUCCUGAAGCACUUAAGGCCCAGGAUCUGGAAGACCCCGGGUGAUUUCAAACCUAAUGAUCCAGCCCUUUCCUGCAGGGGCAGCCCAGAGCUUCCCUAGCCUUCCCCAGAACUGCUGUCAGGGGUUUGCCCCCGUCCGGUUGUGAAGACUUUCCUCAUUUAAGUGUAGGUUUUGGGGAACUGGCCUCCUUUUGUUGCUGUACCCCCAAUCACUACCUGUCCAGUCUUCUGUCCUGUCCCAGACUCAGGUGGGGCUGGGCAGCUUUUUCAUAUAAAACCCUCAUCCCAAAGAUCCACCAGUUCUCUUCUGACAAAGCCAUGCCAUCCUGAAACAAUGGUCCUCUGGGGCUGGAGGCAGGGCUCGAGCCAGGCCUCUGUUGGGGCAGGGAGGUGCCUGAUUGAGUCUGCUCUGACCUCUCACUCUCCCUUUCUUCUCCAGGCUGCUGCUCCUGCUGCCCUGUGGGCUGUGCCAAGUGUGCCCAGGGCUGCAUCUGCAAAGGGACGUCAGACAAGUGCAGCUGCUGUGCCUGAUGUCAGGACAGCCCUGCUCUCAGAUGUAAAUAGAGCAACCUGUAUAAACCUGGAUUUUUUGUUUGUUUGUUUGUUUUUGUGCAACCCUGACCCGUUUGCUACAUCUGUUUUUCUAUGAAAUAUGUGAAUGGCAAUAAAUUCAUCUAGACUA